CUGCUACGUAAACUAAAUGAGCGAAUAUGACCAAAACCAUUAUGUUUCAUGAUUUACAUGAAUUAAUUAUUAGCUUAAUUAGGUAUUCUUCCAACUCCAAAGUUCAAAUUUGACUCACAUUUAAUUAAAGAAUAAGCCGAUGAACCCUUUAAACAUUUUUUAUUGGGUAAUGUUAUGUUAAAUAUUUAUUUUCUAAAUGAAAUGAAAAUUCAUGCUCCCCUCGUCUACCACCAUGCAAAAAUAAAAUUGUUCUGGUAACUGGUAUAAAGAUUCCUAUCAGAUGAUGCCAAAUAUGUCCACGUAACACAUACGUGUGUAUAUUGAUUAAUUCAUUUUAAAUCUGAAGGUUAUUCUGAGGUCAAAGCAAGUCUUCGUUGGGUCCAUUUUGUAUGUGUAAGCAUGGAUUCCACCUUAUGACAAUGUGCCCCCGACCACCCCCCCCCCUCGAGAUAAAAGAUGACCUUGAAAUAUCAGGGUCCCGGAACAUAAAACUUAUCAAUUGAAUGUAGGGAUGGUUUAUACGAUUGAUAGUAAAAAUCAGCCUCACGCUCAUUGGUAGGGUCCAUGGUGCUACUAACGGAUCCCAGAACAGCUAUUUGGUUGACGAGUUCGUACAUCAUCAGUGUUUCAUAAACUCAUAAUGGGCUUUAUCAUACAUCACUAUUUUUUUCUUUUCUCUCUUUGCAUUUCUUGUAAUUGGCACAGAUGUCGAUGUAAAGGAAUUGAUCCUGGAUUGGCCCCAUGGUAGACAGGAGCUAGAACUGAAAUACAAUGUAACUUGCAAAGUGAAUGUUCCUAUGCAUGACUGUGGGAUCGAGUACAUCGUGGAUAAUCGUGAAGUAAAUUACGACUCUUAUCUAUCGCUUGUCAUACGGUCCUCGGACAUUUCAGAUGCAAAUUCUACAUUUCUGACAGAUUCCAGUGGCAUAUUCGACGAGUACGGAUACUUGAACCGGUCGAACAUCUGGUUCCAGCUUUAUAGUGCCUCACCUACGAACGGUGUAUUAAUCCUGUCAGCCAAAUGUGACAUGUAUGAACAAGGGAUCAAUUGUGCAUCGAAUCCAUGCAGCGAAAAUAGCGAUUGCUUUGAUCACGAUGCUGGCUAUAAAUGUGUUUGCUAUGUAGCAUACACUGGUGUAAAUUGCAGUGAAGUUGAAAAUAGGUUACUAGGUGCUAUGGAAUACAUUCAAGCCAACAAUACAAACAUGACGAUCGGAAUCUGUAACGAAUACCAUUCAUGUUCGAAUCUUGGUUGUAAUUAUGUCGCCUUUUACUUCAGCUGCAGCUGCGACAACUCAUGCGAGCAUUUUGAAGAUUGUUGUUGGGACUACCAAUUACUGUGCAAAAACAAGGACACUGGAGGGUUCAGCUUUGGAUUUGGAGUUGGUUUGGGAAUGUCUGGCUUUGUUGGUGAUGAUAACAUGGAAACCAUAGAAGUGCCUGAUUCGGUUCGCCCCAACAUGCUUUCAUGCGUUAAGGCAAAUACUGCGAGUUAUUGGUUUGUCACACGUUGCCCAUUAAAGUGGAAUAGUUCAGACACACAGGCAAGGUGUGAAGACACUGCUUCUUUCACCGAUGACCUACUGACAAUUGUGCCAGUGUCUCUUGAGUACAGGGUGACUUUCAGAAAUGUCUAUUGUGCCAUCUGCCAUGGUUUUCAACCUGCCAACAUCACACCUUGGCCUGUUCUUUUCAACUGCAGUGAUGGCUCUGUUUCACCUACAGAUACUGAUGAAAUGCUGGAUAGAAUCAAGAGAGGGGUGUGCAAUUAUACAUUCGAUAAUGAAUCUUCGUUCAAGAGAACCCCUGCAUAUCGAGAAUGCUUCAACGAAGUCCGAAGUUGUCCUGAAGAUUUUGCAGAUGAUACGAUUGCUGAUGCUUGUGUGGGUUUAGGGUUGCGGGCACCGUUGACACUUUCCUUGAAAAUGCCAUAUUUUUUCAAUGAAUACUGUCUCAAGUGUAAUCUUCCGGAUCGUCACUAUUCAGAGUUCACUUCUUGUUUCCAUUAUAUCAUAGGGGAGGGGACGACACCUAAAGGGUUCCCAAUCACACUUUUGGUAGAUUUUAAAGGUAAUGACGGUAUCCAUUUCAAAGUUGAUAAGACUUUUGUCCAGCAGGAAACAGUGGAAUGCGAAGAAGGAGCUGUCUUUGACAUUCUGUCGGGGAUAUGCCGUUCUCUUUCGUGCAGAAACGGCUUGUCUCUUCUUAACGGUGAGUGUACCUGGGCUGUCGAGUGUAAUGGGAAUCGUGUUGUAAUUGAAUUUGGUGGAUUGAACAAUGAAAAAUUUACUACAACGUGCAAAAUAAUAACAUUCUUUGAAAUUUAG